UAAUCCGUCCCAUAGUGACAGCACCGCCUUUGUUUGCUUCCUCUGUGUUGUAAUCCAUUUUGCCACUCCUUAACGCACUCUAUGAUAACUCCGUUCACGUUUCUCAAAGCUAAUUUUUUUUAAUCAACCAAUUCAAGAUCCCCACAACAAAUCACAUGGGUGUCUUUUAUCGUACCAUACCCCUCACAUAAUAGAGACUCUGAGAAAAUGGCUAAAGAUAUGAAAGGAUAUCCUUUGGCAGCCUCUUUCGAUUAUGAGCUUUAUGAAGGAGAUCCUGAUCAUCUUAGAACUGUUGUUGCUGCACCUGCCCCAGCCAGUCCGUACAUUGAUCCUGCUUCAAUCAAACUUAAACAUAGGAUCGGACGUGGAUACUUUGGUGAUGUUUGGUCAGCCACACAUCAUCAAUCAGCUACUGAUUAUGAUGAGCAUCAUGAAGUAGCUGUAAAAAGGUUACAUCCUAUAAAUGAGGAUCAGGUAAAGGCUUUCUUAAGCAAGUUCGAUGAUUUAUGGGUGAAGUUGAAGUCUAAACAAAUCCAAGGUGUUUGUUGGCUGCAUGGUAUCACUGUAAUAUCUGGAAAGAUCUGUAUAGUUAUGAGAUCCUAUGAGGGAUCAGUUGGUGAUAAAAUGGCUCGUCUGAAAAGAGGGAAGCUCCAGUUACCUGAUGUGCUUAGAUAUGGUACUGAAUUGGCUAAAGUAAUACAAGAAUUGCAUUCAAUGAAUGUCUUGGUUCUGAACCUUAAGCCAACUAAUUUUCUUCUGAACGAACAUGAUGAAGUGUUCCUCGGAGACUUUGGUAUACCGUAUCUUCUUCUUGGAGUUCAACCACCUGAUUCAGAUUUAGCACUAAUGCGUGGGACUCCGAAUUACAUGGCUCCGGAACAGUGGGAACCUGAGGUUAGAGGCCCAAUAACUUGUGAGACUGAUGCUUGGGGAUUUGGAUGCAGCGUUAUCGAGAUGUUGACUGGUGUUCAGCCCUGGUUAGGUAAAUCAGUCCAUGAUAUCUACCGUUUGGUGGUGAUAAACCAAGAAAAGCCACAACUUCCUGGUGGCCUCCCCACUGCUAUUGAGAAUAUUCUCAAUGGCUGUUUUGAGUAUGAUCUCCGCAAUCGACCUCUGAUGGUGGACAUUUUGCAAGCAUUUGAAAGCUCGAAGAAUGCUGCUUAUAGUGAAGGAGAGGGGAGCGACAUAGGAGGAACUCUGUCUGAGAAAAGCAAAACCUGUGGCUUUACCACAUGGUUCCUUUCAAAAGAUCAUCUUCAAGUGGGAGAUACUAUUCGCUCCAGAAAAAUGUUCAACUCCAGAAAUUCUCAAGAUUUGCCUGUGUUGGAAGGAAGUGUUGUUGGUCUCGAGAAAGAUACUGAUCGAGAUGGAUUUGUUCUGGUACGAGUCCCCAAUUUACGGAGCCCUCUUAGGGUAAAUGCAUCAACCAUAGAGAGGGUUACAUGUGGUUUGGCAACUGGGGAUUGGGUGCGCUUGGUCAAUGAAAGUAAGAAUCACUUCUCUGUGGGCAUCUUACACUCGGUGCAGCGUGAUGGAAGCAUCAGUGUUGGUAUUUUAGGGUUAGAAACAUUAUGGACAGGACAUUCUUCUGAAGUCGAAAAAGUUGACCCAUAUUUAUUGGGACAAUUCGUGCAAUUGAAAUCAAAUGUUGAAACUCCCAGGUUUGAAUGGCCUAAGAAAUGGGGAGGAGGAUGGGCUACUGGUAGAAUAUCACAGAUACUUCCAAAUGGUUGUCUUGUCGUUCAAUUUCCAGGAAGGUUGGUAUUUGGUGAUGAACCUAAUACUUUCUUAGCUGAUCCAGAUGAGGUGAUGGAAGUAUCAUUUGAUACAUGUCCUGGCAUUGUCAAGAAGUAUCAGCACCUCGAGGAUUUUCACUGGUGUAUUCGACCACUUUCUAUUGCGUUUAGCCUACUUACAGCAGCAAAGCUUGGUGUAUCUGUAGGAAAAUGCAUUAAUGCGAAGCUGAAGAAGGAUCACGAUCAUCGUACUAAGGAUGGUGAGGUUGGUGGCAAGCCAGCCUGGCUUCGGCCAAAUAUCCUGUUUAAGGAAGGUGCUAGGUAAUCUGUACUUGUUGGUAAAAAAAAAAAAAGAGUAAAUUUCGUAGCAGUGGCACAAAACUUUGCAUCAUAGUAUGUUGUAAACUUUUUAUUAUGCUGAAUUUGUGAUAUGUAUGUACAUAUUUUCUUAAUACAAAGCUCUGCAGAUAUCAGAAAUA